CACAUUUAAUUACAUAUCCUCAAAAUGAAGCAUAUUUCAAAUGAUCUUUUCUAUAACUCUAAAAGUGGCCUUAGGGUACCUAUGAUUAGUUACUAGGUUGGCACAUCUUUGUACUUUAAUGUACUAAGUUUGUAGAGAUUGUUAAAAUAGAUUGCCAGAUAGAUCUGAAUGACAAAAUUAGUGGUUAUAUAAAAUAUUGUGAUAGGAAGGCUUUAGACGUAAGAAAUUGCAUUUAUUCUCUUGAGUAACUUUGUUGAAGAAAAAUAGUAAUCAGUUGGAUAUAUAAAUUCUAACAGAUUUAUUGGGAAAAAAUAGUUGAAGUGAAUGAGAUGGUUUUGUGGGUAAGAACACUUGACCUGUAAGCCUGAGGACCUAGGUUUAAAUUCCCUGUACCCAUGUACAAAACUGAGCAUGGCUACAUGUACCUAUACCUCUAGAUUAGAAAGUGGAGACAGGUGAAUGCCUAGAGCUGGGUGGCCAGCUAGUCAAAAAAGUGAGGUUCCCAUUCAGCAUUCAGUGAAAAACCUUAUCUCAAGACAGGUGGAGAUCAGUAAAGAAAAAUAUGUCCUGCUCUGGCCUCUGUGUGUGCACACAGGUGUGCAUACCCACACAAUCCUGACAAGACAGUGUCUAAAAAACUGUCACAGCACUUAAUAAUUACUGGUACACACCAAUGGCAUUAUAUCAUGAACUUCCGAAGUAUCAGUGUCUGCAGCCCUGGAGUUCAGUCAUAACGGCUCUUGUUUUGUGAGAACCAGAUUCAGCACUGAAACAUUUGGGUUUUACAUACAGAAUUCGAUGAUUGUGUUUCCCAUACAACAAUAGCAUACUGGAAAUGAAGAGGUGGGAAGUCAGGAUGGAAACAUUUUUGGCUACAACUGGACCAGAGACUGCAAAAUGCACUCUUCAUAUUAUUGUUAAGAUAGAAGCUGCUGCUGUGUACCCCAGAGCAGUGCUGUUCAAAAUCUGUAUGUGAAUGUCAUGUGGAGACUGCGUUAGUGUCUGGAGUGGUUGUAAGCUUCCUCAUCUCUACAGUGCUCGGAAGUAAUGUGGGCCUACGAUCAGGUAAUGAUGUUAAGAUGGCAGCAGAGUACCUUUCUGUAGAACAGUUCUGCUGCUUAUCAGUAGCUCUGGAGGGUGUCACUGAUUUGCACACAGCUCAUUAUACUGUUUCAGUGACCUUACAGUUUCCGAAGGGAACAGGUUUGUUUGUUUACUAAGGUAGCUGGACAUACACAAAAGCUUUCUAUUUUUAAAAACUCAAUGAUGUAAAGGGCAUAAGCUAAUCAAUUUCACUUAGUUGAACCUAUGGGCUCAGUGUGUGCUUGCAUAAAACCUAAUAAAAUCAUUAGCAAUUCAAAAUUCAAGAUAAAUGAUCUUACAUUAACUACAUGUUUCAAAUAGCAUGCGACUCCCUCUCUUGCUGGGUUUUGUUUUAACAUGGAAAUUGUGUGAUUUCUAUAGUAACCGCAUAUUAGGAAAUGAAAGAUACAUCAAAAAUGAGAAGAAAAAAAUCACCCCAGUGUAAGACAAUAAUGUAAUAUUCUAAUAUAGUCCUGAAAGAAAAAAAUAUAUUUUCUGUAUAUGUGUAUGUGUUCAUGUAUGUGGGUGUACUUGCACAUAUGUAUAGAGAAUCCUGUUCCACCUAGCUUUUAAGUGCAUGAGAGAGAGGGUAGAACUCAGGUCCUCACGUGUUGAGUGAUGAACACCUUACUGAUUGAGCCAGCUCUCCUGCUGUUUUCUGCUUCUUAAAACUCCUGUGGCAUCAUAUCUCCAAAUUCACAUGAGCUCCCCUUAGCUUUAAAUCAGGAGUGUCAACCUUUUGAUUGCCAUCUGCAAACAUGUUGGGUUCUGUUCAUAGCUGUCCUGGAAUGAGAGCAGCCUAUGGGCCACAGGUUGAACACACCUGCUUUAAAAUAGUGUGUGGAAACAGAUCUGGUGGUGGUGAAAAGAUCCUGGGUAUUCUAUCAUUUCUUGUUUCACUGCAGCCGGAGAAAAUAGUCUGCUUUCAAUGCUGUAGAGUUAUUGAGACAACUCAGCUUACAUCUUUUAAAAAUAUUUAAGGUGAGUGAUCACCUGUGAGUGCAGGUGUGAGUGCUCACCUGUGUGCACUCACCUGUAUACAGAUGUGUGUAUCUUUGAAGCUAAAAGAAGGCAUCCAAUCCACCGGAGUUGGAGCUGUAGGCAUUUGCAGGAAGAUCAGCUUGUUAUGUGGGUGCUGGGAUCCAAACUCCAGUCUUCAUAAUUGCACAGCCAACAUUCAACCAGUGAGUCAACUGUCCAGCCCAUAAUUGGCUUUUAUUAUUUAGUUUUGUAGGGUUGAACUCAGACCUGGAAAGAAAUGUUUUGCAAGUUCAGAGUCCUGCAGUAGUUGCAUUGACUUUUCUUAAAUUAGUGGUCAGAUAAAAUCAAAUAUUGGCAGUAGAGUUUUAAACAAACAAGAGGUCAGGGAGAUGAUUCAGCAGAUAACAGCACUUGUCACCAAGCCUGAGGACCUUAGGUCAUUGUCCUUUUAUGGGCCCUGGUGCAUGCGAGUGUGCAUUUACACACACACACCCCAGACAUCAUAUAUGUAUACACAUGAAUAUAUUGUAUGUAAUUCAUAUUAUAUAAAACAUACAUAUUUAAAAACUAAAGAAAACUCUGAAAACAAAGCAGAAAGGAAGGAGAAAAAGGGCUAGGUUCCCUACUAUGUACUUAAUAGGUAACCAGAGUAGGAACAGGGUCGGUGCAGCAGCAGGUAAGCUGAUGGAUGCCCUUUGCUCGGUGACCUAAUGUGAACUAAUGUCAAAAGCAUUUGAGGCUCGGUCCUGGGCAACUGGGAUUGUGCUUUUCCCUUUACUACUGGAAAAGCAGAUUCAAAUAGGGAAAAGAACAUUAGUUGGUUUGUAAUCAAAGCUGUUUGCUUUGAGUUGAUUGGAAAUACGUAAGAAAUCUUAAUCCUAAAUUAAAAAUAAAAGUCUUGUUUUUUGGUUUUUUUUCCUCCAGUGUUUGACAUUGAGUGGUUUCCAAGGUCAAAUACUCCUUUUGCUCCUCCCAUAUUCUUGGAGAGCUCAGAAGUUCCCAGAGGUGCUAGCAGUACAGUGCUUUUUCAGUCAGAUUUUGCUUAGAAAGGAUGUCAUUCGGGACCUGUGAUCACUGGAUGUUUUUAAAGGACAUGAAAGACUAUCAGAAGUCGCUUCACUCCCUUUGUGCUAUCAUAAUCCCAUGAGUAACUCACCCUUUGUUGACACUUUUCUAGAUGUGGUAGUGUGUGUGUGGUGGGGGGGAAGCUUUUAGUCUGGAACACUAACCUGCACUAUUUAUGUUUUAUUUAAUCUUUGUAAAUUCAAUGUCAGCCUGGUCUAUAGAGCAAGUUCCAAGACAGCCAGAGCUACACAGAGAAACCCUGUCUCAAAAAAACCAAAAGAGAUAGAGAUAGAGAUGAAAGAGAUAGAUAGAGGGGGGAUUUUCUUUUAAGGUUAGGAUGAUAAUAUGUUAGAAUUAAACUGAAAAUACUUGAAGUGGAAACUCAACAAUGAGUCAGUUUUUCUUGCUUGGAUACACUGGCUGACAAGUGAAAUCUAAGAGGAGCCUAGUGGAUGAUGCUAAUGCAGAGAAGGAAUUCUACAUUUUGAAACAGGGCUGCACCUAAUCUUAAGUGACUCACUGGGAAAUUUCUUACUGAUCAGUUUGACAGAGUUGGAGAUACAGAUUCUAUUGCUGACUGCACUCUUCAUUCCUAUAUGAUCUUAAGUAUUCCAAUUCUGGGAGGUUGUAAUGAGGCAAAUAGAGAUUUUUAUCCUGAGCACUUCUUUAUAUAGGCUGAUUGUCCACAUUUAUUCAUAUCCAUCUGCCCCACCUCUAUGUAUGUGUAAAAGGACCACCCUUAGCCAACCAUUCAUUGCAUAUCUUCUAACCCCUCAAAAUAAAUUAAUUACUGUUGUGUUGUUACAUCAAAAAUGAGCUUUGGGAGGAAGCCCAGAUAAGGCACAAAGCAAACUCCCUUCCAGUAUUAGGGUUGUCUAGAGUAAUCGAACUUAUGGAAUGAAUCUCUCUAUAUAAAUAAAGGGGAUUUAUUGGAAUGAUUUACAGGCAGCUGUCCAGCUAAUCAAACAACGGAUGGAUGUCCAAGAAUCCAGUAGUUGCUCACUCCACAUGGCUGAAUGUCUCAACUGCUCUUCCAUAUAUGCUGGGAUCCUGAAGAAAUAUGCUCUAAUGCUAGUGGAGAAAUGGAUGUCCUAGAUGAGGGCAAGCAGUCAAAGAGCAAAAGCUUCCUUCUUCUAUGUCUUUAUAUAGGCUUCCAGGAGAAGGUCUGGCCCAGAUUAAAGGUGUGCCUUCCCACCUCAAAAUUUGAAUUAAGUGUAUGUGUCUUCCUGAACCUCAUGAUCCUGAUCAAAGGUGUGUGCCUUCCUACCUCAAAGGUCCGACUAGAAGUAGAUUCACCCACUUCAAACCAAGCAAAAAGUCCCUCACAGGUGUGCCCUCCAUUCCUGGAUUGUAGUUUAUUCCAGAUGUAGUCAAGUUGACAACCAAGAAUAGUCAUCACAUCUCCCUUCAACCACCUUAUUUCUUUUUCUCAUUUUUGUUUUUAUUUUAUGUGUAUGGGUGUUAGCCUGCAUGCAUGUCUGUGUAGCACUUGUGUGCCUGGUGCUGUGGACAUCAGAUCCUCUGGAACUGAAGUUACAGAGAGUUGUGAGUCACCAUGUGAGUGCUAGGAAUCUUUCCCUGGAAGAACAGCCAGUGUUCCUGACCAUGGAACCAUCUCUUUAGCCCCAUAAUGCAAUUUUAGAUAUAAUUGUGUUGAGAUUUCCCAUCGUGGUCACUAUUUUCCAUUCAUCUGACUUAUCAUUUGCUCUCUUAUUCCCCUACUGUGGCAGAUUUUAUUUCCAAAGGAUUGCAGAAGGCAGUACAAAUAUAAGAAGAAGUGUUGUGGAAUAUUACUUGAAUUAUGUAAAGAUGUGUUGCAUUUGCUUAUGUUAUGGAAUAUUUAACUGUGUAAAGAUGUGUUACAUUUGUUUAUGCUGCAUUUGUUUAAUUCUGUAAAGAGGUGUUGCUGUUUCACCUUGCCUGCCUAAGGCACCUGAUUGUUCUAACAAAAGCUGAAUGGCCAAUAGCUAGGCAGAGGAGGGAUACAUAGGCUGGCAGGCAGAGAGAAUAAGUAGGAGGAAGAACCUCUGCUCAAGAAAAGAGAAGGAGGGAGAAAGAGAGGGAGAUGCCCAGUGCCAGCCAGCCAGGUAGCCGCCAGACAGACAGACAAGGAGGAAAGUAGGAUAUAUAGAAUGAAAGAAAGGUAAAAAGCCCUGAGGCAAAAUGUAGAUGAAGAGAAACAGGUUAAAAUAAGUUAUAAGAGCUAGUGGGACAAGCCUAAGCUAAGGCCGAGCAUUCAUAACUAAUAAUAAGUCUCCAUGUCAUGAUUUGGGGGCUGGCGGUCUGAGAAAGCCUGCUACGCAAAACGGCAUACAUAUAUCCCAUACCCUCAUCGCUUUCCCCGGUUGAUAGUUACCUCACUGUCGAAGUCUCUGCCCUCCCCACUUGAAUUCUAAUGGAGGCUUAUGCCUUCUCUGACAAAUAUGACAUGGCAGAGGUUAGAGCUUACAGCUGCUUCUAUCUCUUGCCCUUCUAGCUAUGAUGUGAGAAAAUCCAAACAGGCUCAUGCAGAAAGACCACAAAGAGGCUCACAUAUCCCAGAAGUGGUGUCUCCAGCUCUGUAUUGACUCCAGGACACAGGCAAGAGUGAAUCCUAGAUGAUUUUACUCCCUUGCCCUUGAGACUUGUGUUUGAAAUAGCAUACUGCGCUACAGAGACAGUUCCUUUUGUUGUUGUUUGGCUCUUUUGUUUUUCUUAGACAGAAUCUCCCUGUGGAGCCCAGGCUAGCUUUGGCUUCACUCCUGCCUCAGUCUCCCUAGUGCUGGGUGCACAGAAGCUCACAGCCACAUCCCAGCAAAGCAGAUGGUGUCAGAGGAGAGUCGCAAUGAAAGACACAAGCUUGUUGGGGCCUUUCCACAGUAGCGGCCCUCCUGCUUUUAUUUUCAGGAAUUUUAGCUUAGGCUUUUAUCCAAAGUCCAAAUUCCAAGGUCUUCUUAGGCACCUCUCUGUUUAGCCAGCAUUGAGGAGUGACAUAGAAAGAUAUGUUCCCCAGCUCUGAUUGGAUAGGCUGCAUUUUUUAAGCUCCUACAGUAUCUGCCACGUUGUCAGAGCCUUGGAUUGAGAGUUAGGGAGAAGUCCUGUGCAUCGGUGCUGAUCUUCCUCCCCUGAACACCUCCAUUUCAGGACAUUGCUGUACCGCCACUGUAAGUGAUUGCUGGCUGUAUCCUUCUCUAUGUCACUUGCUCCGUAAUAAUCACACUGACAUCUGGCAGUUCUCAUAUCUAUUAUCUCCUAGCUCAUUGGGCUCUUGCUAAGUACUGUAAAUUAGUGUUAUCUACCUGCAGAAAGCCUCAUGUUAUUUGAAAAACAGUGAUAUAUAAGAAGCAUAUUUAUCACAUUUCUACCUAUUGGCCAUACUUCUUAUAUAACCUUCAUAAAACAGUUACUUUUAUUUUGAACAGCCUAUAGACUUUUAACUAUGUUUAGGCUCACAUAUGUAUCUAUGUAUAGGUGAUGAAAUUUGGAAAAGGGCUUUUAUAUUUACCCAGAUAAUAAAUGUGUUCUUGCUCUUCUUCAUUUCUCAGAUGCAUUAAGUUGUCUCCCUGGAAUAACAUCCCUUACAUAGUGCAUUUCUUGAAAUACAAUUUACUGCAGAUGUAUUUUCUCCUUUUCUCCCUGGAAAUUUCUUUCUUUUGCCUCUGUUUUUGAUGUGUAAUUUGAUAUUUGUUAGGUAAGGAGUUUCAGGCAUUUUGCUUUGUUUAUUUCUUUUCUCUUUCCUUUGGAGCACUGAGGGUUUAUUGUCUCCUGCUUGUUACUUUACGUUUGUUCUUUUCCUCUGUAACAUUGCCACUUUUCUCUGGCUAUAUUAACACUUGCUGUGGGUGUUAUCAGUUUGACGAUAAUGACAGCUGAGAUUUAGCUGUUUUUGUCCCUGUAUUUGUUACAUUUCUUGUGACUGUAUCAUGGUGCUUUUCAAUGAAUUGAGGAAAAUUCAGCCCUCGAUUUUUUUUUAAUAAGCAUUCUUCCUGUGCCUAUCUCUAACAUGCCUUUCUAAGGUGCCAAUUAUUAAAGAAUUUAUACUAUAUAUUAAACCAUAUAUAUUAAAAUAUUUUCCCAUGUCUCCAGUGCUCUCAUCUUUUAUCUUGAUUUUUCUCUCUGUGGUUUAGUUUGAGCUGUUCUUGUGUCUGUUGGUUCCUUUCUACUUGACGUCUGAUAAUCCCAACAUCUGGACUACUUCUCUUUCUAUUAUAGUGAUUCUCUCCUCUUGUAAUCAUGAGUCUUUAUAACUUUUAUGUAUAAUAAUAAAAAAUGGAUCCUGGAUGACUUGUAUGAAAAUAACAUCUGAAAAAAAAAAAAGAGGGCCAGUGAUAUUGCUCAGUGAGUAAAAUCACUUGCUGACUCAUGGUGGAAGAAGACAGUCAACACCCAUCAGUUCUCUCUGUCUCUGUCUCUGUCUCUGUCUCUGUCUCUGUCUCUCUCUCUCUCUCUCUCUCUCACACACACACACACACACACACACACACACACACACACAUGCACGCACAUGCACACGCACACACACACAGACACGCACAUGCACACACAUACACAAUAAAUGUAAUAUUCUCUUGGGGCUUGGGGCUAAUCACUCUGAUCUGAGCCAAGUGUGAGUUGGGUCUGGGACCUGUGGCAGGCUUACUGAGUUAAGGGCACCACUGAGUUCAGUUUCGGAUGCUGGGGUGAAGCCCUUUCUCAUCAGAAGAGCCUGGAUUCUCAGCCUUCAUGAACUCCGUGGGAAGAUCUUUGGCUUUAACAGCUGUUUGCUAGCCUUUUAAACUGAGAAUUCCUGAUUUGGAGCCCUGGAAGAAGGGUCACUAGGGAAUUUGCAUGGCUCUGUGGUAGUACUCCUGGCUUCCUUAGCAUAGGAAACUUGCUUUGCUCCCCUGCCUUCAUCCUGUGGAGGGCAGCUGCCGUAUAUUAAGUGGAGGCUUGAAAGCCUCCCAUGGAUUCAUCUCAGUAUGUGUCCCUGCAGCCAACCUUGGAUGCACUGUCAGGCUCUGGUGAUGUCCUGUAGAUAAGGAUGAGUGGAAACAUGCUCUGGAGUGAGAGUUUCUCAGAGUUCUACCUCAGCACCCAUCAAAAGUAGGCACCCCUUUUCUCUUACUUCUCAUAUCUCUCUGUGGGGUUCCUUCCUGCUGUCUUAUCAUAAGUGAGUAGCAGAGUAGGUGGGACAUUUUCUUGCCUCUCAGGAAUAGCUGUUUUGUCACAUGCUGGAGUUUGACUCAUUUAGAUGGGUGGCAUCUUCAGCAAAAUGAGUUAAAAUGAAAACAGCAUGACAACCAGAUAAAUCGAACAAUCUAAUGAUAGUUUUGGUUUGUUAGGAAGAGUGGUCACUCUUGUGUUAACACUUAAGGGCAAGAUGAUGCACAUUUCAGCAAGACGUCUACGUAUGUGAAGGCCUUACAUCUGUAUAAGUCCUAAAAUCAAAGUGAUAGUUACCUUUCUUUUCUCUAAGACUGAACACACAUGUCCCCAUGGAAGAGAUUAGUUAGUGGUGCUCUCUAUUCUUUAUGGGGAGCUGUUCAGUCAAUCAGCAUGUUUUACCCUCACGUCUCAAUCCUGUUUUUUCCAGACUUGUGCAUGGGGACAGAUUGAGAUAUCCUCCUUGAUGUCCUGAUAUCAUUCACGUGAAGUUGGAGUGCUGCUUAAACUUGGAGCAUUUACCCGCAUGCUCUCUAGCUUCUAGAAACCUAUUAAAAUCUCUCGGGUGUCUUACGCUACAAAAUUAUCACAAUAUAUAUGCAGCAAAUCAAUGGGGAGUUAAAACUGAAUCCUAAGAGGUCUGACUCCUCAUCUCUUCCAUUACCCACUAACCUUCUUGCCACUGUAUUUCAUUUCUGUUUCUGUUUUGAGGUUUUGGUGAAGAUAUUCCUGAAGAGUUGUUCAAGGUUCCCACUGCCCAGAUGGCCAAGCUGACAGCCACUCCUCUCAGUGCCCUUGUCGAUGAGCCUGUGCACAUCCGAGUCACAGGCCUGACGCCCUUCCAGGUGGUGUGCCUUCAGGCAUCACUGAGAGAUGAGAAGGGCAAUCUGUUUGGUUCUCAGGCGUACUACAAGGCCAGUGAAGUGGGGGAGGUGGAUCUGGAGCGUGAUCCCUCACUUGGAGGAGACUACAUGGGUGUCCACCCCAUGGGUCUUCUGUGGUCCUUGAAACCCGAAAAGCUGUUGAGUCGACUGGCAAAAAGAGAUGUGAUGAAUAGCCCCUACCAGGUCCACAUAGAACUCCGCAGUCCACACUUUCCAAUAAAAGGUGUAACUAUCGGCCCGCCCAUGGAUAGCCUGACUUUGGAAAGAUGGUAUGUAGCGCCUGGUGUCACAAGGAUCCUGGUAAAGGAAGGCCGCCUCCGGGGAGCCCUCUUUCUGCCUCCAGGAGAAGGCCCUUUCCCAGGGGUCAUUGACUUGUUUGGGAGCACUGGCGGACUGAUUGAAUUCCGGGCCAGUCUUCUGGCCAGUCAUGGCUUUGCAGCCUUUGCUCUGGCUUACUGGGGCUAUGAUGACCUGCCCUCUUACCUGGAGAAGAUAGAUCUAGAGUAUUUUGAAGAAGCUGCAGAGUUUCUCCUGAGACAUCCUAAGGUCUUGGGCCCAGGUGUUGGCAUCGUUUCUGUGUGCAAAGGAGCAGAAGUUGGACUCUCUAUGGCUAUUAACCUAAAACAAAUAAAAGCCACUGUACUUAUCAAUGGGCCUAAUUUUGUUACCAGUGAUCCACAUGAAUAUCAUGGUCGAGUCGACCGGCCCGUACCAUGCAAUAUAGAAUUUGUAACCACCAAUGCCUUGGGCCUUGUAGAAUUUUAUCGAGCCUAUGAGGAAACUGCAGACAAGGAUAGCAAAUAUUGCUUUCCCAUUGAAAAAGCUGAGGGACAUUUCCUUUUUGUGGUGGGAGAAGAUGAUAAGAAUCUCAACAGCAAAGUACAUGCUCAUCAAGCCACAGCACAGCUGAUAAAAAGUGGGAAGAAGAAUUGGACUCUGCUGUCUUACCCUGGGGCAGGUCACCUGAUUGAGCCUCCCUACUCCCCAUUGUGCUGUGCCUCAAGGAUCCCCUAUGUGAUCCCAAGCAUCAGCUGGGGCGGAGAGGUUAUCUCACAUGCAGCUGCACAGGAGCAUUCUUGGAAGGAGAUACAAAAAUUUCUCAGGAAUCAUCUCCUUCCAGAUAUUAGCAGCCAGCUCUGAGUGUACUUGAUGAUAUUACUGGGAAGUAGAACUGUUCAUUUCCUGACCAGCACCGCGUCUCACUUUCCAUAGAAGAAUGCCUCUGAUCUCUUAUUGGAUGAUACAGGAAGGUAUCACAAGAAAAUGCAAAUGGGCUGAAAGUGAUAAUAUGUUGACUUUGGAAGGGGAAAAAUAUUUUCCAUGUAAUGAAAUAUCAUGAAGUGAGAGGCCUAUAUCUGUAUAAAUGAAAUCUUAGACCUACCUUUCCUAAAAUUUUCUUCAUCAUAACAAUUUUCUGUAAUAAUUUUCAAGGAAAUUAUUAGUGAUAAACCACAGAAUACUCUGCUUUAUAAAAGAAACAUGAGAAGAAUUAUAUAUUGGCAUUUAAUAAUUUCUUAAAACUCACAUUAAAUAUGCUUAGAUCAUUCUUAUUGUCACUGGAAGUCUAGAGACAGUUGUUUUAAGGCACCGUGAAUGCUUAUGUGUAUACAGGAGCAUUGAAUCAGUUCACAAACAAUUUAGCCAAUGUUAACAAGUCACUUUUGCCUCUAAACAUUUAUAGAUGUCAGCAUUCUCUGUAAUAAGAAGGGAGCAAACUGAGACCUACAGAGGUGCAGCUGAGAGAAGCAAGCAUGAUGAGGAGGUCUGCGGCCCUCUAGGCUAGGGCUCAGCAGUUUUGCUUUGUUUUGUUUCUGUAAAGUACUAUUCCACAAAUAAUCUCAACGUUGUCUCUUCUGUCAGCAGGCCGCAUUCUGUUAUGAUAAUAGGGGACAUAUGUAAUGAAAAUGAUGCCUGAAUUCCAAUUAAACUUUUAAUCCUGUA